AUGGGAGAAUGGUUGGGGGAAGUGUGGGAAUGGAAGUUGGAGUGGAAUCGAGAAUUGAGGGAGAGAGAAAGAGCACAGGCCGAUGAGCUGUUGUCCUCGAUCAAGGAAAUCAAUCUUCAAGCAGGAAUGAAAGACUGUUGGAGGUGGAAACAUACUCCCAAUGGCUUGUUUUCAGUAAAUUCAGCAUACAAAGCAUUCCGACAAGCAAGAUCGGAGAAUGGGACUAAUUGUGAGCAAAUGGAUUUCAAGAAACUGUGGAAGGCUCCAGCUCCUCACAAGAUGAAAACAACAGCUUGGAGGAUUCUUAAAGGAAGAAUGGCGACGUGUGAUAACCUCAUCCGAAGAAACAUUUUGGCCGCUAAUUCGAACUCCGACUGCAUUCUCUGUAAGUCGCAGCUGGAGGACCUGAAUCAUCUUUUCUUCUCCUGUCAGAUUACUUGUGAUCUUUGGAAAGAAAUUUUAUCCUGGAUAGGUAUUCAGACGACAAUGCAACGUAUGGCAAAGGAGAACUUCCUUGCUUUUUCUAAUCUUGGGGACAAGGUAGAUUUUCAUUUUAUGGCUUGUGUUUGGAUCUGUGUGGUGUGGUGUAUUUGGAAAGCAAGGAAUGAUUGUAUUUUUAGCAAAGCGUCAUGGAACAUAUCCAAAGUGGUUACAGAGAUCAAGAUAAGAACGUGGAGCUGGACGCAGGUGUAUAAACAGAUGCCACAGUCUUUGGACUUAAAAUCGUGGAUGAUUAAGCCAAAGGUGAUUGAGUGA